ACACACACAGUUCAGAUACCAGGAUCAAAGAGUUUGAGGCAGAUGACCUUUUCUGCUAUCAGACUAUUUUGUCUGGUUCUGCACAUUUGUUUUGAAAACAGUCACGUGACUGCAGCUCAGGUAUAACUGUGACUUGCACGCAGCUCACAGUUCAUUCUGUUACAACAUGGCGAAGCGGUUCAGUCUGCAGGAGACCCUGGAUUAUGUUUUCGACUCCAAUGAUGAAGAUGUGCAAGAUACUGCAUCAGAGGACACUUCUGAAACGGAUGAAGCUCCUGAAACUGGAGACAACCAAGAGCAGGACCAAUAUCCCAUUGGAACCGAUGAAGAAACUACAGAUGAAGAGGAUGCUGAUGGGGAGCAAGACACUUACAUGUCAAAAAAUGGAAGUAUUUGCUGGACAUCAUCACCACCCCCUGCAAAACAUUCACAGACAGCACUGCAGAUGAGACCAGGAAUAACAAGGUAUGCAUGUUCUCAUGCUGAGGACAUCAAAUCCACCUUUGAGUUGUUUUUGACAGAAGAAAUUCAAUCGAUUGUGCUUAGGAUGACAAAUGUGGAGGGGAGACGGGUUUAUGCUAAUGAGUGGACGGAUCUGGAUUUGGCAGACAUCCAGGCCUAUAUCGGUGUGGUCAUUCUGGCUGGAGUUUACCGCUCUAACAAUGAGAACAUGGAAAGUUUAUGGCAUCCAGAUUCCGGAAGGGCCAUUUUUGGUGCAGUCAUGCCUUUGAAAACCUUCCGGAAAAUCUCAAGGGUCAUCAGGUUUGAUGACAAGCAAACGAGAAUUGCUCGACGUGCUAAUGAUAAAUUAGCAGCAAUCAGGGUGAUGUGGAACAAAUGGGUUGAACAGCUGCCGUUGAUGUUCAAUCCUGGCCCACAUGUCACAGUGGAUGAGUGCCUGGUGCCGUUUAGAGGGCGCUGUCCAUUCAAACAGUACAUACCCAGUAAGCCAGCGAAAUACGGCAUAAAAAUUUGGGCAGCAUGCGAUUCUCAAACAAGCUACGCCUGGCAAAUGCAAGUGUACACGGGCAAGUCUGUGAGUGGACAGCCGGAAAAGAACCAGGGGAUGAGAGUUGUCCUUGAUGUCACCAAAGGCCUGUGGGGUCACACAAUAUUCUGUGACAAUUUUUUUACUUCUCAUGCCCUAUCCCAGGAGCUGCUGAAAAGAAAAAUGACAAUGGUCGGGACAAUUCGAAGAAAUAAGCCGGAGCUCCCACCUGCCCUGCUUGCAACCAAGGACAGAGCUCGCUUUUCGUCCAUGUUUGCCUUCACGGAGACACAGUGCCUUGUGUCGUACUGUCCUAAAAAAAGAAAAAAUGUGCUUUUGCUGAGCACACUGCACAGGGACACCUCAGUGAGCAGCAGAGACGACAAAAAGCCACAGAUCAUCCUGGAUUACAACAAAUCCAAAGGAGGAGUGGACAACCUGGAUAAGAUGGUAGCCACUUACACAUGCAAAAGGAAGACAGCUCGUUGGCCACUGGUGCUGUUUCACAACAUGCUUGACGUCUCUGGAGUAAAUGCCCACGUGCUUUGGUCCGAAAUCUCUCCAGAAUGGCACGCAGGGAAAAGCUGCAGGAGAAGGCUAUUCCUGGAGGAGCUUGGAAAAGCUCUGGUGGCUCCCCUAAUGGAGAAACGUCAGCACUUUCCACGCACCCCAGCCUCUCUCUGCUUCCUAAAAAAAGCUAAAAGAUCUCUGGAGGUGGAAAAUGAAGCUUCCACCUCACAUCAACCAAGCAACCCCAAGGAAGAAGUUGAGGUGCUUCCUCUGUUCCCGUGAAAAGGAUCGAAAAACAUUACAUAAGUGCCAUGCCUGCUCCAACCCGGUCU